AUGCCCGUCUAUCAAUGUGUACGGUUGUGGAGAAAUGAAUACCCAGAUCUAGAAGCAGUGAGUGAAGAUGAAGAUUCAAAGUAUGCAACAGACCAUGUGAUGCCACGAAGAAAUGAAAGAAAUAUCUUUUCAUCAACAAUAUUGGCUAAAGAUGGAAAGGUUGGAAAGAACUGGAAAGAGUGUUUUGUGUCAACUAUUCGACACGAGAAUGCUUGGUGGAUGGCAGAUUUAGGAGAAGAAAUUGUCAUCAACAGUGUUGGGUUUCUCCUAACAGAAGGCAGUAUAAACAAGACUGAAAAAAUUCAAAUUGAACUUUCAAACAAUAGCCAUUUAUUUACAUCGUGUGGAGAUCUAUGGACAUGGAACAUUUCAACAGAUGGUAUCGGUUAUCGCACUUGCGCUGCUGCUGGUGGAAUAUGGGCACGAUACGUCCGUAUAAACAGCAUUUUAAGCAACGACAAUGUCUCUUAUCUUGUUUUAUGUGAAGUACAGAUAAACAGCGGGGUCGUACCGUUGAGGCAGUGCAGACAUCGUGACUUUCCUUUAGGCACAAAUAUGCCUUUCAAAGAAAUGUUAAAUGGAACAACAUUAGAGGUUCAAUGCAAUGAAAGAUAUUGGCCCCGUUCAAAACAACAGUUGACGUGCGGAAUGUUUGGUUACUGGUCUAGUGUUGAUUGCAAGAAAAUAUCCAAGCUGGGCUUAAAGACUAACACUGAACACAUUGAGCUUAUUCCAGGCGUGUUUAGUACGUCAGGACUAACUUCAGUCGCCGAAAGCGCAAUCGAUGGUAUCAUACCGUCAGACAGUGGAGGAGAGCCUGAAAACUUCAUGAAAUGUGCAAUAGCCAGUCUUUCCGACUUUACUCAACUUAGAGUAGAUCUUUCAAAUGAAUACAUAAUAAUGUCAAUUAAGCUAUAUCUUCGUCAAGGGUUGCAUCGACAAAAGCAUCAAAAUGGAAUGAAGGUAACAGUUGAAGACAGAAAUGGCAAAAAACAUCAAUGCGGAAACACAUACAAUUACCUUCAAGAACAAAAUGCUAGUUUCGAAUGCAAACAUGGAAUUCUUUCUCGUUUCAUUCGCCUGACACUUCAGAAGAACCCAGGCGAGAAGUUUGCAAUUCAAGUAUGUGAAUUGGAAGUGUUUGUAGUUAGUGAAUGCGGAAAUCCUCCUCCAAUUCGUUUUUCUUCGCUUAACUUCCAGUCGGUCACGAUCAAAUCUCAGGCGACGUACGCCUGUAUGCCCAACUACAUGCCAACCUCUCCUCAAACCAUUACAUGUCUUAGUCACGGUAACUGGUCGUUGUCAUUGUCUCCCUGUGUUCCUUCAUGUGACGUACCGCAAGACAGAUUGAAGAACGCAUCUACUAUGUUGCCCAACAAGACGAGACAGCCAGUUGGCAGUACAGUCAACUAUACAUGCGAUAGCGGCUACGUGAAUAAAGGCCAAAACAAGCUAACCUGCAAUUCAAACGCAGAAUGGGAAGGAGAAAUAAUCUGCCAAAAAUUUUUUUGCGAUCACAUGCCUGCAUUAAAGCAUGGAAGAGUUGAAGGAAAUAACAACCAGGUAAUUUUUUCGUGUUUUUAUGGCUACCGACUGAAUAAUGCGGGUAGCGCAUAUUGCGGAGAAAACAACACUUGGAGAUAUCUCAAUAAACAACCUCCAACAUGUCAAGUUAUGAAAUGCCAACAAUUCGAAUUAGAAAACGGAAAUGUACCAAAGCACAACCUGACAGUAAACAGUACUAUUAACUUUGCAUGUAAGAAAGGCUACGAGAGGAAGGGCAUCCGUUCACGUAAAUGUGUCUCUAACACUACCACCGCUUUCUGGGACCCAUCUGAUUCGGUUUCAUGCCAAGCAAUCAACUGCAAAAAGCCCCUUGAUCCCUUAGAUGGGCGAUGUUUUGGAAACUCCUAUCGCUACAAGAAAGUGGCUCAGUGUACAUGCAAUGCCGGAUACUUCAUGAUAGGCAGCACAGAGAUAACAUGCAACAAUAGAGCUCUGUGGUCUCCAUCACCACCACAAUGCCGAAGAGUCUAUUGCCCUAACUUGCGUUAUGAUACAACUCGUUUGUCAUUGAGCAUAAAAAGAAAUAGACAAUCAAAGAGCUGUUCCUCGAGCAAAUAUUGCGGAGGAGAUAUCAUUACUUUCUCGGCAUUUCCCGGGUACUACCUACAAGGAAGAUCUCACCUCGCAUGCCUGCAACAGAAAUCGAUCUAUGAAAGCAGGGGCAACUGGAAUGUCAGUCAACCACCGCAGGCUUUAGCGGUCAACUGCGGCAAACCAAUUGAUCCAUUUAAUGGACGAUGUUCAGGAAACUCCUAUCGCUAUCAGGGAGUUGCUUGGUGUAGAUGUGAUAUUGGAUACUUCAUGAUAGGCAGCAGAGAGAUAACAUGCAACAGUAGAGCUCUGUGGUCUCCAUCACCACCACAAUGCCGAAGAGUCUAUUGCCCUAACUUGCGGUAUGAUACAACUCGUGUGUCAUUGAGCAUAAAAAGAAAUAGACAAGCAAAGAGCUGCUCCUCGAGCAAAUAUUGCGUAGGAGAUAUCACUACUUUCUCACCUCUUCCCGGGUAUUACCUACAAGGUAGAUCUCACCUCGCAUGUCUGCAACAGAAAUCGAUUUAUCAAAGCAGGGGCAACUGGAAUAUCAGCCAACCACCACAGGCUUUAGCAAUGAAUUGCGGCAGACCGGGAGAGAGGUUGAACUGCAUAAGAAUGGGAAACUACUUUCAGUACCCGGGUGUGGUGAGAUAUGACCGAGACUAUGGACACUGCAUUGUUGGUCCAAAACACAUUCAAUGUAACUCUUCUGGACAAUGGUCCAACAAGACACCAAACUGCAAAAAAAUUCAAUGUCCACCUCUUAGCGAUCCCGAAAAUGGUACUGUCCUGUUGAGCUCAGAACCAAAGUUUGUAGACGAAACGGCUACUUACACCUGCCAUUCCGGCUAUGAACUAAAUAUGAAUAAAACAUUAGAAAUAUUUACUCGAACUUGCCUGCAACCCGAAGAUAGUCGCCAAUGCACAGGAACGUGGAGUGGCAAACCGCCAUGUUGUAUACCAAGGUCAUGCUCAGAUCCUAAUACUUCUAACUUCAGAGAUGGACGCAUACAAGGAAAUGCGUAUUUUUACCCAGAGACAAUCUCACUAAAAUGCACGGUAGGUCACGAGCUUGUUGGCGGAGGAUCCUAUUUUCAAUGCAAUCAAAGUGGCCAGUGGCAUGAAAUAUCAAAACCCAGUGAGGAGGCAUCAAACCAGGCAAAAGAAAGAAUCAAUCCAGAACUUGAAAAAUUCAACAAUUGCAUAUCGUCAAUAUCAAAAACAAUCAAAACAAAGCACUUUUCGAACAAAUUGAGGCAAUUCCCCACCUGUCAACCUGUAUCGUGUGGACGACCUCCUCCGCUACUGAAUGGGAGAUAUAAAGGACAUGUCUUUAGCUACGGAGCCAUGGUACGCUACCACUGCAACGUCGGAUACUGUCUCGUUGGAACCAAUACCUCCAUUUGUUUGAAAGAAGGCUAUUGGAGUUCAAACACACACAGAAAAUGUCAAGUUUUGAAAUGUCCUAAUUUACAAUCGAUAUCCAAUGGUUCAGUUUUGGUGCCUUCAAACUAUUUGGGCGAAACUGCUACUUACCAAUGCAAAACUGGCUUUGAUUUGAUUGGUUCUCGUAAAAGAUCAUGCCAGAAACGUUCAUCAGUGAAUUGCAGUUUGACAUGGACUGAACAUCCACCAACAUGUAGAGCUAAAGAUUGCGGCGAACCGGGUGUCAUUAUUCGUGGAAGAAUAGCUGUGAUCCAAGGAGACGGAAGGCGAUAUCCAAGUUACAUCCAGUUUAUAUGUAAUCUAGGAUAUCAAAUUGUUGAAGGCACAGAGUUUAUGACGUGUUCAAGUUCACAAGUGUGGAAAGGAAAACGGCCAAAGUGUCAACCCGUUUAUUGUGGUGCAUUGGAACAACCCAAGAAUGGCGAAAUUGUAGGCGACAAUUUCUAUUUUGGAGAAUCCGUUAGGUUUUCUUGCAAUAGAGGAUACAUGAUGGUAGGACAAAAGACUUCAACUUGCGAGGCGUCUGGUACAUGGACCAAUACGUCACCCAGAUGUAUCGAAACGAGAUGUUUUCCAAUUCAAAGACAGAAACAUGGGCGUGUUGUUGGAACAGGCAACAAAAUUGGCUCUGUUCUUGUAUUUCAAUGUACACUAGGAUAUGCCUUGAAGGGAUCUUCAAAACUUCACUGCGUCCAAAUCAAAAAUUUACCGGCAAAGUGGAAUAUGCCAAUACCGGAAUGCCAAGCAAUUCGGUGCAAGCCCUUACAGCCUCCUGAAAACGGGUUUAUCAGUGGCAGGAGGUUCACGUUUCCGAAUUUUGUUGUGUAUGCAUGUAAAGAAGGAUACAGACUUAGUGGAGCAUCAAAGCGUAACUGCAAUGCAUCAGGAAAAUGGAGAGAAUUAGUGCCAAAUUGCCAACCUAUUACAUGCCCACCAAUUCAAACCCCGCUAAAUGGCGAAUUCGUUGGCGAUGAUUUUUCUGUAAACUCUACAGUUCAAUUCGUUUGUAAUGCUGGUUAUGCUGUGCAAGGUUCUUAUACGUCUACCUGCCUUUUGCAAGGAAUGUGGUCACAUGACCCUCCAACAUGCCAAAGCAUAAAAUGCGCAGUACUGCUUAGUCCAAAGUUUGGUAAAGUAUUUGUUUCGCAAAGUCAUGUUCGAAGCGUUGCUCGGUACUCUUGCUCAAUUGGGUACAGGCUUGUUGGCGUCACUCACAGACAAUGUACACAAACUUCUCAGUUCACUGUGGAAGCCAUGUGGAGUGCCAAAUCUCCCAAAUGCAUUCCCGUGAGAUGUGCUAGACUUCAUGCUCCAAUAAACGGCAAAAUUGUUGGCGGCAGUUUCUAUUAUCCACAUAUUGUACUGUACUUAUGUGACUACGGAUACAAAAUACUUUCUGGUAGCAGAACUAGAAAAUGCAGCGAAAUAGGAAAAUGGACAGGCAUUGCGCCAUUGUGCGAAGGUGUUUGUGAAGUUGCAAGACUUAACUGUUCAAACGCUCACAUUUGUGCAGUGGACAGCGACGGCAGUGCAACGUGUGUAUGCAAAUCACGGUCUGCUUGUCCAUUAGACGUCAGACCGGUCUGCGGUUCUGAUGGGAGAACUUAUAUAAACAAUUGUUUAUUGGAAGUGGAGGCAUGCCUGUUUGGAUCAAAAUCACUGAGAGCGAUUAGUCCAGGAGCGUGUGAGUUCUCCUGUCACGUCUGCCAUUCAAAUGCUGAUUGUGUUGAAAAUACUAAUUGCAGCUGCAAACCUCGUUUCGUUGGUGACGGAAGAGAAUGCUGUUUUGAAGAAUUGACCAACCAGGUGGCGUUACUUGGAUCUGCAGCAUGGUUUGAUUGUCAAGAAUUGUGCGAUCUUCCGUUUGGUUCUACUCAAUGGUACUUGAAUGGUCAACUUCUAGAUCACUUAGAUACUACAUCUAGAUCUGCGGUUUCAAUAAACGGACGAGGACUUGCCAUCACGAAACUAAAGUUAGAUGAUGCUGGUGAGUAUACAUGCAAGGUGUCCAGCGACAGGAUCACUUACGAAAGACAUGGACAUCUGGAGGUCAUCGAUCCAAGAAGCCAAUUUUCGGCAAUUUCUCAAUGUUAUUCAUUGUCAUGCACACCUGGGAGCAGAGACUUCAACUAUCAUGUAUGAUUGGUUGUGAGUCGAUUGACCUGGUAAACUAUGAUCGAUGCCAUGCUAACCAGAGGUCUCACAACACUUGCCAAACACAAUGAAAUCAGCAAGUAUUUACACACACAAAUUUCAUAACUUUUCAUUAUGAAUCUGAUCAACUUUUCUUAUUGAAUUUUUAUCUUCUCAAUUCUUUCCUCUUUCAUACUGUUACUGCUGGCUUAUCAAAUAAUUGAGUUGUCUCUGAAAUAUUGGAGAGAAGCUAAUUUGACUGGGUCUAUUUGGCAACAUUUUGGCAUAUACAAUGGAAUCUGAUCAACUCUUCUUAUGGACUUUGUCGGCUCAAGCUCUUUCCUCUUUGAUAUUGUUACAAUGCUGGCUUAUCAAAUAUUGGUGUUUAAAGUAUUGGAAGAAAGAUACCAUUUUGACACACUUUUAUGUGACUUACAACACCUCUCAACCUCAACAUUCUUUACUGGGAUGUCCCACGUGACCUCUCACCUGACACGACCCUCCUAUUCUACAAGAUCUGUUCAACAUUUCUUAUGGAACUUUUUAUCAGCUCAAGUUCUUUCUUCUUUCAUAUUGUCGCAUUGUUGGCUUAUCAAGUACUGGUGAGAUGUAUGCCAAGAUGAGAAAAAGAUCAACAAUCGAGCUUAACCGGUCACGUGAGCUACAAUUCAAUAAUAAUAAUAUGUUUUUCUUUAUAACGUUGUGGACACUGCCAUAGUCAAUAGCAUCCUUCUAUUUGAACAGCUGAAUCCCGAUACGAAGAUACGAAGAUGUCUCAUCUUGACUUUCACACUGCUAUCACACGUCAACUGGUACUGUUGUUUUGCGAAUGUCGUUUUGCCCCACAGCCGAUUCUUCCCGCUCCUGCACCUACUCCUACUGCUACUACUGCUGCUGAACUGUUGGCUGUGACUGCACCUGUUCCUGUUCCUGUUGUGACAACUUUUGCUCGGUCAACAUGCUACUGAGAAGCCAUUUAAGAUGCAUCAACGGUCUGUGGCUCUCUGUGGGUUUCUGUCAAAAUCCAAUCACACCUUCUUGAUGGUACUGUACACGUGUAACAGCAUCUUGUGCUGGCUAACUUGACUUGUGCAGUUACUGUACUUUCCACACUCCAUUGUUGAUGUCACAGACUAUGAUGAUACAGUACUGAGUAGUACAAUAAUUGUUAAAAUUGUUUCUAUAGCAA